UAUUUUAUGAGAAUACUUUGAUUUUUAGUCGAAAAAUUAGUUCAAUAUGGCAUCAGAUCCUAAUUUUAUGCCUAUGAACAUAUAUGCCAGUACAGGGCGAAAUAGACGGGAAGAACAAUGGCGCCAGAAACAAUUAGAAGAAGGCAGGAAGGCAGGGACUAUAGAUGUGGAGCUAGAUGCGGAUGGAAAGCAAGUUAAUCCACAUAUUCCUCAAUUUAUAUCGAAGGCACCAUGGUAUAUUGAUGAAACAGAAGGGAAGGUAUCAUUACGUCAUCAACGGUUGAGACAAGAUGAUACAUUAGAAACGGAUCAAAAUACAGUUUUUCUUCGUGGCCAAAGAGCAGGACCAGCGGCGACAAAGUUUAGGAAGGGAGCAUGUGAAAAUUGUGGUGCAAUGACACAUAAGACUAAAGAAUGUAUGGAGAGACCUCGAAAAUUAGGUGCACGAUGGACGGGCAAAGAUAUUCAAGCAGAUGAAGUGAUUUACCAAGCAAAUAUGACAUGGGAUUCGAAAAGAGAUAGGUGGAAUGGCUAUGAUCCUCGUGAGCACCAAAAAAUAGUGGAAGAGUAUGAAAAAGUUGAAAAAGAACAAGAAAAAGCAAGAAGUAGAAAAAUACAAAACAUUUCAGAAGAUGGAUAUACAGUUAAAGAUGAUGAUAAAUAUGCAGAUGAAGCGAAUAUGCCAGGUCAAAAGUUUGACCCACAUAGUCGUAUAAGUACACGAAAUUUAAGAAUUCGAGAAGAUACAGCAAAAUAUUUAUUAAAUCUAACAGAAACAUCAGUCAAUUAUGAUCCAAAGACUAGAUCUAUGAGAGAUGAUCCAAAUAAGAUAUCUCGAGAUAAUAGAUUAAUGGCUAAUAAUAAUUUUGAACGUUCAUCAGGUGAAGCAGCUGAAUUUGAGAAAUUGCAAGUUUUUGCAUGGCAAGCAGAAGAAAGAGGGAAGAAUAUUCAUCUUCAGGCCAACCCAACACAGGGUGCAUUAUACCAUAAACAGCAUAAAGAAGAAAUGAAUGAAGCAAAAAUUCAUUCUAGAAAAAAUAUUAUAGCAAAAUAUGGAGGAGAAGAACAUUUUAAUAUUCCUUCUAAAGAACUACUUUAUGCACAAACAGAAUAUUAUGUGGAAUAUUCAAAAGAUGGAAAAAUAAUUAAAGGUCAAGAAAAAACAAUCAUUCGAUCUCAAUAUCCUGAAGAUAUACUUGUAAAUAACCAUACCCAGAUCUUUGGUUCAUGGUGGCAUAAGGGUCAAUGGGGAUAUGCUUGUUGUCAUCAAUUUUUUAAAAAUUCGUAUUGUACUGGUGAAGUAACUCUUUCAGAACAUCAUGAUUUUGGAAAUAUGCAAAAUGAUCUACAUAAUAAUACAGAAAAUGAAAUACUUAAUGAAGGGAAACAGGAUGUAUCAACAAAUAAAAGGAAAUAUGAAUAAAAAAGUUUAUAACAUUAGAAGAAAGUAACAGAAAACAAUG